UUAUUUACCCUUGUUUAUAAGUGUGUUCCGUCAUGACGAGUGAACAGUUAUAUAUUGGUAUUACGGCACUGACAUCAUCGGUACUGACAUCAUCGAUAAGUUCAGAUAGAUUGGUUUUGCCAGAAUUUUAUAUAGAGAUAAACAGUUGUCACUGUGUAUCCAGUUUGUGAAACAUGUUUAUUUAUAUAUUUCAUGAACUUACUGAGAUGUUGCUUUAUUGGGACAUGUGAUGUUUAUAUCGCGGGACACCGGUGAUCAAUAUAUUAUUAUCCAUUGUACACCUUAGGUAUAGAUCAGUAUCAGAAGCCGUCGAUAUGUCAUUAGUAACACCUGCGAUGCAGUAUACCUGUAGCUUUACCGUACAGUUUAACCAACAGGAUAUCUACAUAUUAGUACCUUUGUGAUCUGUUUGACAGUUAAAUCAGAAGUAAAUCUUUGUACAAGAGGAUCUGUGGGUUGUACACAUAAAUGGGAACUACUGUGUGUUAAAUGGUUAUCUUACCAGACUUUUUCUGCUCAUGUUCAAAUUUGGAACUACCGGUUCAUCAUUCAAAAUGACGACAGGUAUGCUGUUCGUCAUUAAUCUAUGGAAAGGCAGAAGAAAGGAUAAAGACUCUCCGACACCUCCGCAACAGGAAGAGCCCAGACAGUACCUUGAGGAUAGCUGUGUGAAAGAACGAGUAACGGAAGCAGAUUUUUACAAACUCGUCAGCUUGCCCUCUUGUCUAGAUUAUAACGAAUGGCUAGCAACACAUACUUUAUCAUUUUUCAAUCAUAUAACCUUGAUCUACGGUGUAAUAUCUGAAUACUGUACAUCAGAAGGAUGUCCAUCCAUGUCUGGGCCAGGCAAUGUGCAAUUUUUAUGGUAUGAUGAAAAAGGAAAGAAGUACAAGUACUCAUCUCCCCAGUAUGUGGAUUUCAUCACAACUUGUAUGCAGAAAGAGAUAUCGGAUGAGAGUGUCUUUCCUACAAAAUAUGGAAAUCCAUUUCCUAGCACAUUUGAAACAUCUGUGAAGAAAUUCCACAAGUAUCUGUUCCAUAUAGUCGCGCAUAUAUAUCACGCACAUUAUAGUGAUGUUGUCAAUUUGGGCAUACACGGACAUCUAAACAGUCUCUUCACACACUUUACAGUGUUUAACAUCAAAUUCGACCUGAUGGAGGACAAGGAAACAGACAUUUUGCAGGACCUUAUAAAGGCCUUGAUUAAACAGCUUCCUGAUCCCAAUCAAAAUGAAGGCACAGACAGUAAAGAAAUUUCCCGAACAUAGCAGGCCACAAGAAAUAGUGUAUUAUUGUAUGUGUGUAGUUUAUGAUUUACUCAUAUCCUGAAGGAUCUCAAUGUUAUGUUCUGCUGUGAGAGAGUUAUUGACGGUCUUCUGUGUUCACCUAUAGGUGAAAUAGAUAUGUUUCAGGUGUUUUAACAACUAGACCUUUCUACCCUUUGUGUGCAUAUACAAAAUGUACUUGUUGUGUUCUGUGAUGGGGUUACCCAGACUACAGUGAUAUAUAUGACGGAUUAUCCAAAAAAUUCGGUUAAAAGCCUUUCUUGUUGAAGGGAGACAACUGAGAGAGAGUAAAAGCCAAAACUGUUGCUGCAAGAUUUAGCAGGAAUGGAGUGCUACAUAAAACAGAUCUGUGCUGCUAUAAAGUGAUCGAUCGUUGUGCCCUAGAUUACCAUUUACUGACGUGCUUUCAUUUGUAAAUACGGACAGAGUGAAUGCUGUGUGGACAACUACAACUACAAAGAACUGACAGUUAUAUUUAUUUUAGGGUGAAUAUUUCAACUUCAUGAAGAAGUUCUUUCCUUUGUUAAAUGGCAUGUUAUAAUAUAUAUAUACAUUAUAUAUAUAUAUAUGUAUCUUUCAGUAGUCAAAAAUGUUAUGAAUCAUACUUGAAAAAUACUUGAUGGUCCUGUUGUGACUAUGAAUAUGCGUGUAAAACUUUGUCGUGAUCUGGAUAAGCAUGAAGUGGUAUAUUACAAAAUGGUGGAUUAGUGGUGCUUAGCAACUAAGUUAUAGGGUGUGUGACAGUGUAUAGUUAGCCUCAGAAGGAUCCAGCUCUAGGCUUAUAUGAUGUGGAGGUAAAUUGUUCCGAUGAGAAACAUCCUCAAACCUUCGGGGAUGAUGGGUGUUUCCUGCUAGCUGCUGCGUCAAAUCUAGGGCAUGUUUCAGAGCCGUAGAUAGAAUUGUGAUGUGUGAACAUGUACCUCCUCUGAGACUUGUUAUUGUUGAUAUUUCUACCCACAACAAAACAGCGGUAUCAGUGUUGUAGUAUUGGAUAUGGUAAAUACACUUUGACUUGACAUAAUAGCAUUGACUUGAGCAAGUCAUUGCCCCUUAAUUACCAAAGUUAGCUACUUUAAUAGUAGCACUCAAAAUCAAAGAGCAUAACUAUUUUUAGUUUAGAAAUAUUGUCUGUUUUAUACCCCCUCUUAGUAAACAAUGGUAUAUAUUAUUGUUCUUACUGAAAACAGGUAUCUUAACUACAAGACAGUCAAUUACUUCACAUUUAUAUACAGGUAUCGUGUAGAAAAUCAGUCAGACAGGACAAUUUUUUUACACACUGUACGUAAUAGCAUGCAUAGUAAUAAGCUGUAGUGCAUGUAUACACAGUAUCUUAGAAUGUAACAAUGUAAAUUAACAUUAAAAAAUUAGAAAUGAAAAAAUUAUUUGAUUUAGAAGAUAGUGGUUUUGAAGUUCAUGCACAAGAACAAACUUGGAGAUGUUAUCACCUUAAAUGAACUUUCUCAGGGUUAAUGUAGUGUAGAUUGUCCAUAUUUACAGACAGAUUGAUUAUGUUUCAAAUAAAACAAUGUCUUUGGUAGGUAUAUCUGACAAUGAAAUCACACCUUGCACCCAAAUACUUGAUUUUUCUUCAUAACUGAGUUUUUCUAAUAUACAUGGAAAAAUGUAUUACAAUUAAUUGAAAUUAAAAAAUAAAGAUUUUUUUUUAAAUUGGUAAAAUAAGGUACUUAUCUCACAGAAAACCCAAGCCUUAUAGUAAUCCACCCAUAUCUAUUGUUCAGAAAAAUUAUCAGCAAAUAUUUCAUUUUCCAGAAAACCAGCCCAUCAUCUGGUUUUGAGUCAGAGGCUGGGCUUAAGCCUACAGGACAGAUAGGGUACCAUAUAUAUCUUUGUUAGUGGUAAGAAAAAUGAUUCAUUAAAUGUUGAAAACUUUUUCUGGGGUUAAAUGCCUUCACUAAAAUUGUCUUGUACUUCAAUUUGGACUUUUGAAGGGAGAAUCAUGAUUUUGGACCCUAAAUUUAGACAUACAUUUUCAGAAAAACUUGGUUACUGUCCACAAUUUAAAAAAAUCCAGUUACAAGUUUGGAAGAAAGAUCAGCUUGAAAUAUGAAGUUUUAAGUAUUUUGUCAAAAGGAAAUACAUAUAUAGAAUCUAUUUUUGACUUUUCUAAAACUUGAAAAUUUCAACAUGUAUGAUCUCCACGAUGGAAAUUCCAAGAAGCAAAUAUGGACAUUUCAGAUCAUAUCACUCCGAAAUGAGAUAAACUGGUGAUGAUUUUCAACAUUUUUUUAGAUUAUAUGUGUAUCUCUGGGUGUUUGCUAACUGUCAACCAAAUCUACACUGCAGCAUUUUACCAUAGUUAACAGUGCCAUAUAUAUCACUAAGGAUCCACACAUACAAUACUCCAUUAUCGCUGACUCUGAUAUUUUUUUUUAGUUUACUUAUAUAUGUCAUGAUAUAAAUUUUGAUGCUUUGGUAAAAAUUUGUCUUUUCUUUCUCAUGUUUUUUAUCGGUCAAAUUAUUCUUUCUGUCUUUGUUUAAGAGAAAGAUAUGGUUUAAUGAUCAUACAUUUUAUAAGUAUGUUCCUAGACACAAAAUUAUUCAGUCUUGUGCAAGUUUGUCUUAAUUUUGUGUGUAGCUUUUCAUAUUGUGUUCUGAUUGUCAUUUUAACCUUGCCUAAUAGAUAAAGCUGAUGUAGUCUGCAUCAAUGUUGGUCAAAUGUUUGUUGAGAGCAUUUAAAUUUCACAUACAUUUUGUAGGAUGUUGCCUCUGGUUCAAGCAUUAAUGCUGUUCAGACAAAGCUAACAUUUUUGUUUUUGUUUUUCAAAUUUAACUUGUUUUCAAUUUUUUCGCAAUAGUUUUGGUGCAAGUGAUUUAUAUAUAUAACUGUACUAGGAUAUGAUAUUUGUUAGGGGGGCUCUGGAGGGGUCAGACAUUGUUACAUGGAAGUCAGAACAGAUUCAUGUCUCUUUUGUGUUUUACCAGUUUUUAUGCAAAAAUUUCCUGGUAAGGACCAAGUGAUGGAGUUCACUAUACAUAUAUAUGCUACAAUAAAUUAAGGCAAUCAAGAAGUCAACUAGGUUGUCAGUAUUUGCAAUUAAAAUUCUGGGGAGUUCAAACAUUGUUAGAGAGAAAUAGAAAAGUUUUAUUUCUUAUCGGUUUUGACUUAAUUUUUCUCCAAUUAUCUUCUCCAAAGAUCUUCAAUAGAAAGCCAAAUAUUCUUUGAAUCAACAGUUUUUUCAGCAAAGUAAUCAAAUCUCUUCUUGAAUUAUUUUCAACAUAUAAUCAUAGGGAUAACACCCGGUUCAGUACAAAACAAACAUAUACAGUAAAAAAGAAAUGAAUUAUAAAAACAUCUCAAAAAAAAAAAAAAAAAA